GCGGUAUGACCAGUGAGCCAGCCGCAGCCGCUCGCGCUUCUUGAGUGCGGCCGCAGAUGUUGGGCCUAAGAGUCGUGUCCGCAGCGCGACCAUGGAGGAGAAAAAGGUUAAGCGCACAUGUAAACAAAAAAUGCUUUUCUAUAUCACGGCAUUCUUUGUCCUACUCGGCAUUUUUAGUGUAUUUUCAUUCUUAUUCCUUGUGCCUUUUGUCAUCGACCCCGCUUUUACCACUAUAUUUAUGGAAUUUGACGAAAAACCGGCAUUUUGCGUGACUGUUAAUACGGAAAGACGCCGAGGGACUAAUAAUUGUACAUGGUCGUCGUGUCGGGAAGGGUGUACAAGAGAAAUGUAUAAUUGCACUCAAAUACGUGUUAACUAUAAAAAAAUCGCCCCCGACGCAAAUUCUUCGGGAGCUACGGAAGUUAACCCGUAUCGCAAGCAGCGCGCGUUACGUGACGAAUACGAUUAUACACAAAUAUUUAAUAGGCAACAAGACAGAGAAGAUGACAUCUUUGAAGCACAACCUACAGGUCUAAUGGGCAACGAUUCCGAAUGGUAUUACGUUGGGGCUAAGUUAAUGCCUAAUGUUAAGGGUUGUGGUUAUCCCCCAAUGCUCAACUGUUCCACUUUCCUCAAGCAGUACAAGGAAGUAGGUAGCAAUUAUUCCUGCUAUUAUAGUCGCGUAGACCCAGGCAUAGUUAUCAGCCAUUUGGACAUGUGGCAGGUUCAUAUGAACCUAGUGUACGCGAUGGCCAUCCCUAUCCCGUCCUUUAUAAUAUCGGUGAUAUACCUGACGUUUGCCUAUUUUAAAAUUUAUAAUGACGACGAAGACAAAGAGCCGUUGGAGAAAAAUGCGGAAGGUAUAGACGGUGAAGGUGACUGUGCACAGGAGACGACUUCAUUGCCACCCGCAAGUGGAGCACUUACCCCCGCCAGUGAAGCUUUUAGAGAAGAUUUAGCCAGUUUUGGCCAUCAACUUAAAGUUGCUAUGGCAGAUGAAAUGAGUCGAGAAAGUUUAGGGGAUGGAAUGGUGAACUCGGUCUCUAUGCAUGGAAACCUGGGAAGAACUAUGACGACUAGCAUUUCGACAUCAGGGGGACCUAUAGCGGACAUAUAAUGACGACUUUCCCCACGUCCUCCAGUGUACGUUUCAAAAACCAUAACGAAACUUUGUCGCUUGUUAAGCAAAUUGAGCACGGAAGAGAUUAAGUGAAUACUAAUACAAUUUACGUGUUUCUGCUUGAAGAAUUUUGCGAGUACGAUGUUACCGUACCGGAACCUGCAAGCAAAUGCAGGUUCGCAAACUUAACAUCACUAGUAAAUUGCUUUAAAUAUACACGCUAAAGAAGAGUAUCUAUUAUAUGUAUAUGUCCUAAGCAAAAUGUAUGUAAGUACGUCCAUGAUUAUGUUACCUUUACAUGGUUUACAUCCGCAACAAUUUUCAGUUAGCACAAACGCAUCAAUUAUCAUCGAAUAAGAUACAAUAAUACUACUACUACUUAGUUACAGAAUUAUCUGUAAAUGGGCUAAAUUACACACGAAAAUUAUGCUGCACUAAAUUUAGAAACCAUACACCUGAGAAAUUAUAUAUUAUCUAUUAGGCAUCGAUUGAUUAAAAAAAAAAGUAGUUUAGUACUAUAAAUAGUUUUACCCGUCCACUUCAAUAAUAUCUACAUAUAAUCCUCACGUCAUCGUAAUUACCAUUUCUUUUAAGCGCCGGUGCACAUAUUUUUAUAUUUCUGUGUUGCAAAAUAUGUACGUUAUCUAUAAGAGCACCGAUCUAAAUAAAAUCUGUAUAUAAAUAUGUUUUAAAAUAUAUUGUUACAGAAAAUAUAAAAAGCAAAUUGUUAAAUAUUUUAUUUAUAAUAUGGUUGGCGCUUAUAAGUGUCAUUUGUAGUAAUAGAUCCUCCGGAAAUAUGGAACAUAAGGAUUUGCUCAACAUAGCAUCGUGUUUACUGGGCAUUUUAGUAGAAAUGUUGUUUGAUAAUUUUAAAAAAAUCAGCCAUGCUUUAAAGUACACUUGUACGCUCGAUAUGGGCAAUAUUUUUAUGUAACUAUUGUAAUGUAGGUAAAUUUUUUCACAAUCUGGUAAAUUAUCGCUGUCCUUUCCACUGACAUGGGAUUUUGAGUGAGUGAUCAGGAAGUGGACCUAAAGCGUUAAUUUGUUUAUUUCGUUUACCUACUAAUUACAGGUCUACUUGUUCAACCUUUUGUCAUUGUGGCAUUUAUGGCGAUAAUGAUAGAACGAAAGCGAAAGGAUUGAAGGGAUAUAAUAUUCCACAUGGGCGGGGCCGAUAAUGUCGAUAUGUCUUCAUUACUGUUAUUAUACCUUUACCUAUACAUCAGAAUUCUCUUUUAUCGUUAAUAUCGCCACUAUUAACUACCCUCUUUAACUUAAAAUUGUGCAUAAGCAUGUCAAUAUUGUCAAUACAUCAUCGUUUGUUAUCUUCUAGUUCUAAUAUGCUAGAUAUGAACUUUCACAUUCAUAAUUGUUAUUGUUAAAAAAUAUUAAGAGCUUGUGAUACACUUUUUAUCAAGUCGCCAAUUUAAUUAGCUGUAUAUGCUGUAUUAUUAAAAACCACUUUGU